GCAGCCCGCGUGCCCUCGCCACUACGGCUCCCGCCCCCCUGCUCGCUCUCCGGACCUGGGCGGUCUGUGGCCGCGCGGCCGCUGCGGGUCCCCAUGGCCGAGGGGGACGCAGGGAGCGACCAGAGGCAGAAUGAGGAAAUUGAAGCAAUGGCAGCCAUUUAUGGCGAGGAAUGGUGCGUCAUUGAUGACUGUGCCAAGAUAUUUUGUAUUAGAAUUAGCGACGAUAUCGAUGACCCCAAAUGGACACUUUGCUUGCAGGUGAUGUUGCCACGUGAAUACCCAGGUACAGCUCCACCUAUUUAUCAACUGAAUGCUCCUUGGCUGAAAGGGCAAGAACGUGCAGAUUUAUCAAACAGCCUUGAGGAAAUAUAUAUACAGAAUAUUGGUGAAAGUAUUCUUUACCUGUGGGUAGAGAAAAUAAGAGAUGUUCUGAUACAGAAAUCUCAGAAAACAGAGCCAGGCCCAGAUAUAAAAAAGAAAACUGAAGAGGAAGACAUCAAAUGCGAAGAUGAUCUCAUUUUAGAAUGUCAGCCAGAAAAUCCAGUUAAAGCUUUGGAUUUUGCUAUUAGUGAGCAUGAACCAGAAAUAGAAGAGUUACCGCCAAUUGAUCAUGGCGUUCCUAUUACAGACCGAAGAAGUACAUUUCAGGCACACUUGGCUCCAGUGGUUUGUCCUCAACAGGUGAAAAUGGUUCUUGCCAAAUUGUAUGAGAAUAAGAAAAUAGCCAGUGCCACCCACAAUAUCUAUGCCUAUCGAAUAUAUUGUGAGGAUAAACAGACCUUCUUGCAGGACUGUGAGGAUGAUGGGGAAACAGCAGCUGGGGGCCGUCUUCUUCAUCUCAUGGAGAUCCUGAAUGUGAAGAACGUCAUGGUGGUGGUCUCACGCUGGUAUGGAGGGAUUCUGCUAGGACCAGAUCGCUUCAAACAUAUCAACAACUGUGCCAGAAAUAUACUAGUGGAGAAGAACUUUACAAGUUCACCUGAGGAAUCGUCUAAGAGUUUGGGAAAGAAAAAAGUGAAAAAAGAUAAGAGGAGGAGUGAACAUUGACACCUGAACCUGCAUGAAAGGUUAAUUUGCCCUCAGUUACAUACACAUUCCAUAGUAGUCGAGGAAUGUGUGAAGAGCGUCAUUGACUGCUCAAGCCAGCUGACUCAUCAUGGACACCAGCAUUCUGUGUUCUUCUUUGGUUAUAUCAUCUGCCAAAAUAGAGAGCUUGUGAUAUGUCCACCUGUUUCAGGCUUAUUUGGGAGGACUAAUUUGAGCUUAAUCAGUACAUCAUAUAAUUUUAGGGAGCUAGCAGUUGCUGAGGGUAGGCUCUGAGUUAACUGUGCAUUUCAGUACAUGUUAAGUGCCUUUGUUAGGUGGGGAAGAAAUAGUCCUCUUUAGAGGACUAUAAAUACCUGAUUUCUUGUCCUAGAAAUUCUUAUACUGUUAAAUGAACAUAGCCCUUUACUGCUCUCUAUGGUUAUUGGAGGAGAGGCUCAUUGAAGACUAAUCUUGGAGAGUUUUCUUAUGAUUUCAGCUCAUAAAUAUGUCACUUUUCAUUUUAUAAUGCUCAUCAUGGAGUAAUAGAGUAAGUGAAAAUCCAGGAGUAUCCAUCUGUGAUCAUGUCCCAAGGUGAUAAUUCUAACAUAUUUGCUAGCCCAAGUGUUAUGUCUCAAUUUCAGUUGCAAAUUGGUGAUCUUGAAAUUCAAAAAGUGAUUUUCUAAUCUGUCUUUGUGUGUUUAAUUCUUGUGAUGUAAAACAGUGAACACUAAGUGUCAGCAGUCCCUCCAUCCCUAACAUGCUAAGUUAAUGUGUGCAGUACCCUGGUAUCUUUUGAACAACCUGGAAGUGCUUUGUCGUGUUCUUCACUGAGAAAUUAGAACUUUUGCAAGCUGUGCUGUGGUUAGUGCCAUGUGUAGAACCGGGAUAAAGGUGGUGGAAUGCGGAAUGCCUCUGGUGUAAGGUGAGAAUUGCUAUAAAGUUGAUACACACUUCCCCCCGGGAACCCAAACGAAAUUUUUUUUUUUUUUUUUUUUUU